GAUAGAUUCUUGUACCUUAACGAUACUAAAAUUAGUUUCUCACUCCCAAAAUCGUACUCUAGCAAGACAUACACGAUAUAGUUGAAUCGACUAAGCAAGAUACAUCUGCUACUGAGCAAUUAUCUUCAGCAUAUAAACUUAUGCAACGAUUUUAUAUAAAAAGCCGGUAGAACACAUUUGUAAGGAGACGACCGUCAAUCAGCGUAAGGUUAUGGAUUCCCUGGGGUUCCGUAGUGCUCAAUGACAUUAUUAGACAAGUAAAUUAUGCCGACGGAUACCUGCCUAACAAUAAAAACAGUUUGCUAUUUCCGAAGAUCACUUCCUACAACAGUUUCAAGUUACCACAAUGUAUUUUCUUUGAAACGAAUAUAAGAAUUCGGUAGUCGGGCAAAAAUAUGUAUAUAUGUAGGUCAAACUUGCGGUUACUAGCUGGUAACCUCUGAUGAAAUGAUUGCAUCAGAACCUAACAGAACUGGCUAGGCAGGCGCUGUUACUUCAACGAGGCGUUAGUCACGUCGAGGCCUACGGAGAUUAACUACCACAUAUUGAGAAACGUCGCGUCAUAGGAACAUGAUGUUACUAACUUUAGUAGCUGGAGCAGAUAAAUGAUGUGUUGACACGCGACAAUGCAUUUUUUUAUACUAGAUUACGCGUUCACUAUUAGUGCGACGCAAAUAUAGCUUUUUGAGUUCUGCGUAUUAAGCAAAUGAUAUUUGGUGGUCGUCCACACGUAUAUAUAGAGUAUUAUUAUUUCACUCGUGGUGUCUGCUAUGGUUAUGUUGUACACACUUUUUCUAGAAUUGUUAAAAUUAUCAAGUAGAAAGUUAUAUUUCGGCGCGGUAGAGGUACAUUACACUAUCAACACCCUUGAAUGGAAGUAAAUGAUUAGACUAUUAUUAUGAAUUUAACGUUUAGUAGGCUCAUAGCAAACGUGUUUUUUAUUCAGUUAUAGGCAAUCAAUAAACUCUAAAUCAAUAAAAACAAUAUAAAUCGUCAAAACUUCGAUUCAACGUGUUAAGUAAAUAAAUAACGCAUGCGGUUCACAGAAUUCAAUGGUUGCUUUUUAAUCUAAAAUAACUUGAUGGCUCCUGCUUCAAUUGAUACAAGGUUGAAUCAUAAGUGGAACUUUGGUCUAGUUUGGACUUUGCCAACCUAUGACAUUGAUAAGGUCUAUCGGUCAGUCUGACUCAGGUUGUGCUACAUUAACUGCUGCAAUCGAAAGCCUCUCUCGCAAUGGCUGCCCACUCCUGUGCAGUAGGAGAACGUCAUUCUUGCGGUGACUCAGUGGGCUUAGUUAGCCAGAAAGACUCGUUGCCGUUCUUCGUUUUAAUAGUUUAUAUUUUCCUCGAGCUCGUUAUCGAUUAUAUAUAUCAUCCUUUUCGAAACUCACCAUGCGUUGCGCAAAAACGCAAUCGGCUUAGCUGAUACGAUGGACGAUUUAUAUUAACGUCGAUAAAGUAGUGAUGUUUCUUGUCCCCCCGUGAUGAUCCUGUCUGUUUUGGGGCCAUUAGCUCGAAGUUAUCGCUCGACUCUUGAAGUGAAAACAGGUUGUUUGAAGAAGACCUUUCUGGCUACAAUAUUUGCCAUGACGCGACCGAUCGCUGUUGGCCAUGUUACGCGUGAUGCACAAAGUAUCGACCUGGCGCGAACAGUUUUGAGAUCUGAAGGGGUGUUGGCCGUUCCCACAGACACGGUCUACGGGAUCGCCGCACUUGCUCAAAGCAGCACAGCUAUCCGAAAGUUGUAUGCGAUUAAGCAGCGAGAUAUCCAUAAGCCUGUAGCUAUCUGCGUGGCAAAUGUCGACGAGGUCUACAAAUGGGCACAGGUAACAAUCUCGCGACAACUGCUGGAAGCUCUUCUCCCAGGACCUGUCACCCUGAUAUUCACCCGCACGCAUCUUCUUAAUCCGGAACUGAAUCCGGACACUACAUCGGUCGGCGUUCGAAUCCCUGAUUCACCGUAUAUUAAAACGCUCUGUGAAGUUGUGGGAUGUCCGCUGGCACUGACAUCGGCGAAUAUGUCGUCGGCCGAAUCAACUCUAAGCGUUGAAGAGUUUUCUGACCUUUGGCCUCAGCUUGACCUCGUCGUUGAUGCAGGCCCCCUUUGUCAAUUAGGCAGCCCCCAGGCGAAACAACGUAAAGGCUCUACCGUUGUGGAUCUUACCGCUGAAGGGUUCUUCAGGGUGGUAAGACCCGGUUGCUGUCUGAAGGUCACGAAGGACGUUUUGUUGAGAAAUGGCCUCAAAGAAUGGCGCGACCUCUCGAGUGAUAUUAAAAAACGUAGCAGAAGCCAUACAGUGGCUCAUAAUGGUGAAAUUAAGUAGAAAUAUGGAACAUAGAGGAAUAAGAUAGUCAUAUUACUUCGAUCCAGGUGAUGUAUAAUCGCUAUGGGUAUUCGUUUCGAGCAGUGAAGACUUAAGGAAUAACAUUGAUUCCGCUGCUACACACUUUCGCUCAUUUUGUUUUGAAUACAAAACAUUAGUUAGUUUCAUCUUAUUAUUGCACAGGUUGCUGCGACUAAUAUGUUUGUUCAGGCCAGUUCUGCAUUGGCAGUAUUGAAGAGUUUUGUGAGCUAAAUUUUAUGAGAGAAAUGAAGUGUGUACUGUGUAAUUUGUGAAAUAGUAGAGCUAAAUCGUCCUUGGGAUCUUGGGCAGAGUAAAAAGCUUUACAUAAAAAUAAAUGAAAACACAAAUGCCGCAUUACUCACUUCACCAGGAAACACAGUAUGUAGAGUAAGUUGUUUUCACAAAAAACGCUGCUAUAUAUAUAUAUAUAUAUAUAUAUAUAUAUAUAUAUAUAUAUAUGCUUGCACAUGGUUAAAGACUAAGUAACGCUGAAAUUUACCAGCUACGCGGUAUUAUUAUUACGAAGACAAACAAAUCAAGCAAACAACUGAAACAAUGUUUAAACGUUUUCGCAUUGUAAAUAUUUCUUACAGAAGCAAGUCACUCGGAAAAUCGAUUAGUGCACCCUAUUAGAAUAUCUGUACAAAGGCACAGUUUAGCUAGCUGUUUAUUGGACGUACACUAUAUAACAAUUUCGUGUGUGCGGGCAAAAAUAACCAACGAGGCGGCAGACUAUGAAUCAAGAACUAUGAAACGCGAUUAAUAGGUCAUCAAUGAAAUUGUUUACUAUUGUUUUUAAUUUACUUUUUAGUUAAAAAUUUAUUUUUUAUUUUUGUUGCGCCAGGUGUGCGUGUGUGUGGCUAUGUGUUUGUACGCAACCUUGGAUAGGAAAUCAAUACAUUCGUUCUGGUUUAAUGUUCAAUUGAUGAUUUGGUAUUACUUAGUUCCAUAGAAUUUAAUUUUUUAUAAUAAAGAUACGUUUUCUAUUAUUUUUAUUUCAUUUAUAUUUACGUUCAUUAUCAGUGAUGUUCUGUACUUUGCAACCAUCAACAAGUUUUAUGUGCAUGUUAAGUCUUGCAAGCUAAUUACCUGUACACUAGACAAAUAGUCAGAGAAUGUAAAUUCCACGAGAAAACAGCAUACAUUAAUUGAGCAGUAGAACAUUAAAUAUUUUUCAAGAUCCCGGAAACUAAAAUCCCGGUGUCUUUUUGAUUAACACCGGAGCGUCACUCGUUACGCAGUUGAAUAUCAAGUAGAAGAACCUUUUUCCAAUGUUUACUAGUAAAAAAAUAGAUGAAUGUUCAGCGUCGUAUAAUAAAGAACUCGAUGGGGUAAUGACAGAUAAGUUAUUUUAUGUUUGAAGGAAAACAAAAGCGAAGCAAUCGAAUAAUUGUGAACAUUACGGUCUGGGAACGUGCAAGAGAGUCCGAAGCCGAAUCAUACUAAAAAGAAAAUCAUGGCAAAGAACAUAAUGUCUAAUAGCCCAUCCUACAGUUGGAACACAAUAUGUAGAAAAAACGAUUAGGUCGAAAACACAGAAAGAACCCGUGUAUGUCGAUAAUAGGCUACCAGUUUUUUAAUAAAUGUUGUGGUUGGCCACAGAUGAACC